UGUAAAUGUGAACUGUAUCCUGAGUUGCAGUCCUGUGCCUGCAUUCCUCUCAUCAAGGAUUUGCUUGAAAGAGAGAAAAAAAGAAAUCAUAAAUAAUAACACAGACGCAGACUGGAGUACAGCGCAGAUCCGCCGGACGCCUGGAGGACUUACCGCUUCACAAACACGCCUUUUUAAAACGGACGAUCGCCGAAACGCUCGGAUAUUUCCAGGCUUUAACUGACAGAGCUUCAGAAAAGGACUACACAGAUGAGAAGAAAAAUAAACAGAUACGUCGUUUUAAAUGCGCUUUAAACAGGAAAACAAGAUGGCUGAUGACAGUAAACGAUAACAAGGACAAAACGAUAUCGUCCCCUUUAAGAACGAGGAAGGUAUCUGGAUAUAAUACAUCAAUAUUUUAAGCGAGUUUAGCUCGAACAAAAAAAAAAAAGCUCGACUAUUUUUAACUAAAAGAAGAAUGAAGGCAGAGCAGGGCUAUCAAAGCAGGGCAGGUGAGCGCUGUGAGUGACUAACCAUGGGAAGGCUGAAUGUCUCGGAAAAGCCUUUAACGUUUAACGACUACAGAUAGCGAGAGAACAGCCUAAAACUCAGUUAGAUAAAAACGAGACUCGUAUGAACACUCGUAAGCGUGAGCUGUAGACAAAAAAAAAGCUUCAGGAAAGCGCUGCCAAAAUGCGCAUGAAGGUUUCAGGCGUUUAUACUGAAAUCGCAUCGCGACUGUAGAAUGUGUCGGCAGUUUGUUCUUGUUUCAGCGACCGACUUCCUUAUAAUUACGAACUGGAUAAAAACAAGCAGUGCUGCGUUUUUUUUAUCUUACGAGUGAGAUAAAGGAGCACUUCUCCCACAGGCUAAUAUUUCAUCGCACCGUGUGCAGCAUUCAGAUACACAGUAGGCCUGUUAUAAAGCCGGGGCAAAUGUCAUAUGCUGUGGGCUCAGCUCUAAAUUCGUAUGUGAUUUUCUGAGAGGGGCUUUCGGUACUUUCUGCUGCGGGGCUGCUCGUUUCCCACCGUUUCAAACAGGAUUUGGAGAUAUUUCUGAACUCCGGGCACGGACAGCGGGGGUCACAUGCGAGUUUAAACUUUGUAAAUGAUUAUGCAUGCCUCGUUUACAUUUACAGACUGACCCCGUUUUAGGAGCAACGGUUUAGACUAUGCAGUAGUGGACAAUACAGAUUUAGUAACACUGCCAACUUCCAGCGCAUCGUUCACUGACAUUGUAGACGCACUGAGGGAUAUUUUAGUUGUUUGAUUUCACUCCAGGCGUCAGACUGGGAGGUUAAACUGCUGUGAACUUAUACUGAACGCGCUUUAGUGACGCAUUCAGAACGUUCAACAACUUUCCAUACAUUCUUCUUCCCUUUGGUGGUGUAUUUAUCAUUUGACGUCACAGUCGACUGGAAUGUCAGGGUUCUGUUCUGCGCACUUUGGUUCUAAUCUAAUAAGCACAAACACAAACACGCAGCCAGAAGGACGUUUCUCCUCGGAGCGUAGUCGCCUUCGUGACUUGGGGAGCCACGUACGUCUCCGGUUUGCUCUCUUACAAACCAGCGCAGGUUUGCAGUAACACGCUCGGCGCAAUCGCGUUGCAACAUCAGGAUUACUGAUUUCUUGCUGUGCUGCGGAAUUUGAUUGCUGACAACUUGGAGAAGAAGGGGCGGAAGAGGCGCUCCCUUUGGCAUGUUCACGUUCAUGGAGGCUCUUCAGCAGCUGCUUCUUCUCACUUCUACGCCUGUGUGGACUACCAGAGCCACACGCCAAGUUGUAUAGAAGGGGCUACAAGAAUGACUGUAAGGGUGCAUCAAACUCGAGGCUCGUUUUAAAGCACUUUUUUUUUGGUUUUUGUUUCAAAGGAUAGCUAUCCCUGCUGAAAAAGGACCAUUAGAAACCAUUAGGAUUAAACCCUAAAGGUUUUGCUUUCUAAUGCGAACUGGCUUAAUGGUUUCCAAUAGUUUCCAGUAGAAAAGCUUUAGAUCUCAUUGGGAAGCCAUUCAAUACAUUUAGAAUCAGCCACUGGUCACCUGCUAAACCGUUACAUUGUGAUAGCCACCCAUACAAAACAUAGCAAAAGCAUCAGAAAACCAUCAGAAACUCUUAAUGGUUUCUAUGGGUUUUUUUCAUCAGGGAUAAUUGACCCAACAGGCCUGGAUGUCUACCCAAACGGCUGAGAUGGCUGAGAACUGGAAAAACUGUUUCGAGGAGGAGCUGAUCUGCCCGAUCUGCCUGCAUGUGUUUGUGGAGCCCAUCCAGCUGCCCUGCAAACACAACUUCUGCCGCGGGUGUAUAAGCGAGGCGUGGGCCAAAGACACGGGGCUGGUGCGAUGCCCGGAGUGCAACCACGCCUACAACCAGAAGCCAAACCUGGAGAAAAACAUCAAGCUGACUAACAUCGUGGAGAAGUUCAACGCGCUGAACGCCGAGAAAGCCCCGGCGGUGCUGCAGUGCAUCCUGUGCAGGCGGGGACCUCCUCUCCCGGCGCAGAAAGUGUGCCUCCGCUGCAACGCGCCUUGCUGCCAGUCGCACAUCCAGACGCACCUCCAGCAGCCCUCCCCGAACCCCGGGCACCUGCUGGUGGACGCCGAGGAUGUGCGGGCCUGGAGCUGCCCGCAGCACGAUGAAUACAGACUGUAUCACUGCGACGCGGAACAGGUGGCCGUCUGCCAGUACUGCUGCUUCUCCAGAUGUGCGGCGAGCCACGGCCAUGCAGUCUGCGACGUGGAAGUACGACGAAAUGAAAUGAGGCAAAUGCUGAUGAAACAGCAGGAUCGCAUAGAUGAUCGAGUGCAAGACAUAGAAGAGCAACUGUACAAGCUGGAGUCAGACAAACGGCAGGUGGAGGAUAAGGUGGAGCAGCUGAAGGAGGAGGUGCGCAUGCAGUACCAGAAGAUGCAGCAGCUCCUGGAGGAGGACCUGGGGAAGACGCUGGAGGUGCUGGAGAAGGCGCGCUCCAAAUUCUGCCAGGAAAACUCCAGCCAGGUCCUGCAGCUCAACGAGCGGCGCCAGGAGGCCAAAAAACUGCUUAGCUCCGUUCAGGUGCUGUUUGACAAGGCUGAUGAUAUCAACUUCAUGAAGAACACAAAAUCUGUGAAAAUACUCGUGGAUAGAUCUCAGACAUGUACGGGCAGUGCACUACCUCCUUACAAAGCAGGCCACCUUAACUCCAAAAUCUUUCUCUCUGAGAUUUCUAAAAAGGAAAAGAGCCUACGGAAAGUGCUGGAAGCACCCUUCUCCACUCCUACACACUUCCUCCAGAGUGUUCCCGUCUACCCUUGUGGCGUCAACAGCUCAGCACCUGAGAAACGCAAGCACUCGACUGCCUUCCCUGAGAGCGGCGGUAACUUCCUGGACUCGUCCUCCUCCUCCUCCGGAUCUGUGAGCAAACAGCAGUUUCUGGGUCCCAGUUCCAGCUCUGCCGAUGGUCCGUCCUCCCAGCCGCCCACGAUGGCUCCCUGCAGUUCAGCCCAGCACAUUGUGGGCCUCGGUGGCAGCAGCAGCGCUGCUCCAGCUGCCCACCAUUCCGGCUCGGUCUUCACUCCCUCGCACUACCCCAACGCCGGUUCUUCACAGCAGGCCGUGCUGCCGCAGUAUGGUGGCCGCAAGAUCCUCAUGUGCACAGUGGAUAACUGCUACUGCUCCAGCGUGCCCUCUGUAUCAGGUCACCGCGGCCACACACCCUACCCGCGCUCAGGCUCUUUCCCCUGGACGCAGGAGUACUCGCACCCCCUGCCCUCCGCGCCAUCCAUGGCCCAGCCCCUGCAGAGCCUGUCCAUGCGCGACUGGAUCGACGCCUCGCAGAGCCACAGGCACCCUGAAUUCUAUGGGCUGUACAGCCAGUCUUCUACCAAACACUACGUCGCCAGUUAACCUUCCAGCAGCGUCAGGAGCACACUUUUGAUUCCUCUCCAUUUCCUUCUGUCUUUCUUUCACUCAUUGACUCUUACUUUCUUUCUGUUGUUUUUUUUGUAAGGAAAUGAAUAACACAGUACAUUGCAAUGGCAAAUUUUGGCACUUUGUCUCCUUUUAUAUUAGCCGACGCCAGUCGUGUCGCCUUCCCAACCACAUAUCUCAUUAUCUUCCAUCUUAAGUCACAAAAAGCUUCUGAAAUCCCUGUCUGCCCCUGUGUGGAGCUUCUUAAAAAAAGGGAAUCUUUCUAAAGAACUUAUGCGGUUGUGCUUUUAAAAUUACAAACAGAUCUUGGAUAAUUGCAGAUGCUGCUGACCCAAAGCAGAUAAUGUUAGCCUGUAAAUGGGGCCGGUUUAGAGCACUCUCCCUGCCCCCUCUUCCUGCCUUUAGGGUGUCUGGGGAGGAGGAAGCCUCUUUUCGUCAUGAAUUCGGCCUGUUGUUCACUGUGUAACUGUGGGAAAACACAUCUCAUUUGAUACAUUUACAUGGUUUCUAAGCUCCUUGUUAUUUUUAUUAACACGAAUGGUUGGUUAGUGGAAAGGUGUUGAUGAUUAAAGAAAAGAGGAGUAAAAAAAAGAUAAGGGAUGCCGUUGUUUUCAUAACUCACUUCGACCGCAGCUCGAGUUAGUGUGUGGCUGGUUGCUCUAAGCCGAAACCACGUGUAACUUAACUCCAUGCAGAGGGGCGGUGAGCUGGGAUUGACCUCUUACUUAAAUGCCUAAAAGGCAAGAGGAUAUGGUUGUUUUUCUAUCAUGUUUACAGUUACAUAUUCAUAUUUUUAUGAUUUGACAGGAGGUGGAGAAGGUUUUGUCUUAAUUCUGUUCAGGAAGGAACACCCUAAAGGAAUCAAAAAGCAUAGUUACAGGUUCUAAUCUUGGAAGGCUCCUCAAACAGCACUCACAGAAGGCACAGGCCUUUCAUAGACUUCUCUGGACUUCUCAUUCCAACUACUGCACCUGAAACAUUCUUUCCUGGAUUAUGCUUCCUGUUGGGUAUGGUUACUUCCUGCAUCAAAGCACAUGUAAGGCAUGUUCCGGAGGAUCAGUGACUGCACUCGCUCGUUGAUCACAUCUCCUUCUGCUUUAAAACCUUGUCAGCUCCGGUAGAGCCCAUGGGUCUUUGUGGUCCCUGUGUGGCACUGAUUGUCAAGAACAUGCUGAAAAUCUGUGGACUUCCUGUUUGUGGCUCUUAAGCAGUCCCAAGAAGCCUUUCCAUGCACCCAGAACUCCAAGAGGCUAAACUGGGUCUGGCUAUGAAAAAUGGCUGUUGACAUUUUUUCCAUGUAUUUUAUACGAGAGAACAGCAUGGACUGCUAAAGUUCUGAAAUUCAGUUCAUUGUGCUUCAAAAGAGUAUUAAAUGUUGGUUGAGAAACAAAUGUAUACAGUACAAUCUUUUUGUACAUAUUUUGUGCAACACAAAAAUUCUGGCUCUAAUCUAAAAAAAAUAAAACAGCAAUUACUGGAGCCAGA